AUGGACGCUCGUCAAGUGUUGCAGAGCACUUUGUCGCCUGAUGCGGCGGAACGUUCGAACGCCGAACAGCAGCUCGCCCACGCCGCGGAGGUUGACUUCGCUGCCUACCUUGUUACCCUGGGUCAGGAACUGGCCAACGACACCACCCCCGCCCACAUUCGUGUCGCUGCUGGUAUUGCCCUGAAGAACGCUUUCACUUUCCGAGACCAAGCCAAGCUGCGUGAAGUGCAGCUUCAGUGGGUUCAAAACAUCCCUGUUGAGACCAAGGCACAGGUCAAGGAGCUUGCGCUCAAGACCUUGCACUCCGACACCCGAGCUGGAAAUGCCGCCGCCACUUUGAUCGUUUCUAUUGCCGCGAUCGAGCUGCCCCGAAAUGAAUGGCCCGAUCUUAUGAACAUUCUCGUCCAGAAUGUUGCUAGCGGCAGUGACAACCUGAAGCAGUCUUCUUUGGCCACUAUUGGUUUUAUCUGUGAAUCCCAAGACGCCGAUCUCCGCGCCAGCCUGAAUGCCCACUCCAAUGCGAUCUUGACCGCCGUCGUUCAAGGCGCUCGCCGUGAGGAGCCGAACAUGGAUGUCCGUUAUGCCGCUAUUGCUGCUCUGAGUGAUGCUGUGGAUUUCGUCCGUUCAAACAUGGAAAAUGAGGGAGAGCGCAACUACAUUAUGCAGGUCGUCUGUGAGGCCACCCAGGCCGACGAGGUUCGCGUGCAAGCUGGUGCUUUUGGCUGCCUUAACCGUAUUAUGGGCUCAUACUAUGAUAAGAUGCGCUUCUACAUGGAGAAGGCUUUGUUCGGACUCAGCAUCAUGGGUAUGAAGAGUGAGGAGGAGGAAGUCUCUAAGCUCGCUAUUGAGUUCUGGUGCACAGUCUGUGAGGAGGAAAUCGCUAUUGAGGAUGAUAAUGCUGAGGCUCAACAGGAAGGUGUCGAGGCUCGUCCCUUCUUCGGCUUUGCUCGUGUGGCCACUCGUGAGGUUAUUCCCGUUUUGCUGCAGACUAUGUGCCGUCAGGAUGAGGAUGCUGGCGAUGAUGAGUACAACGUUUCCCGCGCUGCCUACCAGGCUCUUCAACUUUAUGCUCAGUGUGUCCAGGGUGAUGUGAUCCCUCCCGUGGUUUCUUUCGUCGAGGAGAACAUCCGUAACGAGGACUGGCGUCGCCGGGACGCUGCCGUGGCUGCUUUCGGUGGUAUCAUGGAUGGCCCUGAGCCCAAUGUUCUGGAGCCUUUGAUCAAGCAGGCUCUGCCUGUGCUUCUGGGUAUGAUGGAGGAUAGCUCUGUUUCCGUUCGCGACUCCACUGCCUAUGCCCUUGGUCGUGUUUGCGAGUGCUGCCCUGAGGUCCUUGACCCAGAUGUUCACCUGCAGCCUCUGAUUUCUUGCCUGUUCAACGGUCUCGCCAACAGCCCCAAGAUCGCCAGCUCCUGCUGCUGGGCUCUCAUGAACGUUGCUGACCGCUUCGCUGGUGACGGUGGCUCCCAGACCAACCCCCUCUCCAAGCACUUCGAGGACAGCAUCAAGUCACUUUUGGCCGUUACUGAGCGCCAGGACGCUGACAACCAGCUUCGCACCGCCGGCUAUGAGGUCCUCAACUCUUUCGUCAUGAACUCCGCCCACGACAGCCUGAACAUGGUUGCCACUCUCUCCGAUGUCAUUCUUCAGCGUCUCGAGCAUACCAUUCCUAUGCAGCAGCAGGUUGUUAGCACCGAGGACCGUAUGCUUCUUGAGGAGAUGCAGACCAGCUUGAUCAGUGUUAUCCUGGCCAUCGUGCAGCGCUUCGAGGUCGACAUCAAGCCCCAGGCCGACCGUAUCAUGCAAGUUCUGCUCCAGACUCUGUCCACUGUUGGUGCUAAGUCUACCGUUCCCGAUGUUAUCUUCGCCACAGUCGGUGCCAUCGCCAGUGCUCUUGAGGAUGACUUUAUCAAGUACAUGGAAUCUUUCAAGCCCUUCCUGUACAACGCUCUGGGCAACCGUGAUGAGCCUGGUCUGUGCGCUAUGGCCAUUGGUCUUGUCAGCGACAUUGCUCGUGCCUUGAACGAAAAGGUUCAGCCUUACUGUGACGACUUCAUGAACCUGUUGCUUUCCACCCUCAGCACCUCGACCAACCAGCUCAAGCCUGCUAUUUUGGAGACCUUCGGUGACAUUGCCCAGGCUAUCGGUACUGCCUUCGACACCUAUCUCAGCACUGUCGGUGGUGUCCUCCAGCAGGCGUCUUCGGUCACAACUAGCAAUGACCUCCCCUACGAUAUGGUUGACUACAUUGUCUCCCUGCGCGAGGGUAUCAUGGACGCUUGGGGUGGUAUUCUUCUCACCUACAAGGGCAAGCCUCAGGUUGUCCAGCUGCAGCCAUUCGUUGAGUCCAUCUUCCAGCUUCUUCACAUUAUCUCUAAGGAGGGAAACCGCAGCGAGGGCCUGAUGCGCUCUGCCAUGGGUGUGCUUGGUGAUCUCGCUGACUCCUUCCCCAACGGCGAGCUUGCUGUCUACUUCCGCAACGAUUGGGUCACUACCCUUGUCCGUGAGACUCGUUCUACUCGCCAAUACAGCCCUCGUACCCUCGAGACCGCCCGCUGGACCCGUGAGCAGGUUAAGCGCCAGAUCAACAUGAGCACUGCUACCUCUAUGGCCUAA